GAAAACUAAGAUGUACUAUUCAUUGGCUAUCAAGUGUAACACUCUACAGUGUUUUUAGAUGUUUGUUUGCAUCUUGACCUCUACAUACGGUUUUAUUUUACAUUUUUUCAUUAUAUUUUACUGAAACAUGUCUCUUGCUGAUAGUCUAGCCACUUGUAAUGAACACUGUAUUUCACACGUAUAAUUGCCACCUGCUUCACCGCUACCUUUUCUUCUAUCGCCUGAUUUCUUUUGGGGAUUAGAGGAAAGUGGUUGUUUUAAAGGGAUGGGCUUGAAGCAUCAACUAAUUUAACACAACAUUACAAUUGUGUGCAGAUACAUUCAGAUUAAUCUGAUUAUGUCAAUAGCAUUAGUGUAUUGUCCAGAAAAUACAUAUAGCAUCUCUGCAGUUUAGAUUUGGAUAACUCUCUAUGCAUUUCUCUUCACUUAAGAUCCCUCUCCACUUGAAAAUGUGUUUUCCUUAUUGUUACUUCUCUCUGUUCUUCACUGUCCAGAACGAUGUACGUGCAGAGUUUGAUACUAGAAGGCUGUUUUCACACUCAUGUGAUGAGGAGGAAAAGUUUCUCUGCUCACCUAAAACUGAGUUUAAGACAUGUAUGUAUGCGCAGGAUUUUGUGACAUCACAACUAGUUUGGAAGCCAAUCUUGGUACAAUAUGAAACCUACAUUGAGGAUAGACUUUUCAAUGAAAUGUAUUAACAGUAUUUAUACAUUAUGGAAUUUAAACAAGGGAGGAGUGGAUGUAACUCUAAUUUUCAACACUUUAAUAUAAUUUUUUUGUGGAAAAGCCAUAUCACACACAUAUACUACUAUUUAAAGAAGAGUACUUUUUAUUCUUCUUUAAAACGUCUGGCGGGGGGCUUUAACUUUUGAAUUACACUGUAGCAGCUAACUUCAAUUACCAACUCAGUGAUGGAAAGAAAGAAAAAGACAGAAGACAUAAAAAAAUUGAAUUGGGACAGCUUGUAAAAAGGGAACAUACCAACAGAACAAUACAUAAAAUGAUCAUGAAGAUACAAUUCGAUGCUAUUUUGUACUGUAAAAGAGAAAACUUAAAAGGUCUGUUAAGUUACUUUCGGCAUUAAUUGCUGUUAACAUAUUAUCUAAUAGAUUAUAUUAUAAUAGACUAGACUUACUUGCAGACAUGAGAAAUGGAUUAUUCCAAGACAAAAUCAAUUACUGUUAAGUAUGCUACCUAAACAUAAUAAUAAUUUUGUAGUGAUUAUUUCCGGCCUCUAGAGGGCAGUGUAAAACAGGGUAAAGAGAUGACAGCAAAGGAACUUAAACAGGCUUUUCACAGGCACUGUAUAGCAGAUCUUAAUAUUGACAGGUAUAACAAAAGUAUCAAUUCAUCUUUGUUGUUUAAAGAAUGGCAAAGUAUAAAAUAAAAUAAUUUAAGGGAAGUACGAAAAGACAGAAGAUAGAUACCGGCAAGUGAAUGCUCUUAUUUAGUUAUAUUUAUAUUGCAGGUGAAUAAUAAAGACCAAGGAUUUAUUAUGGAGUGGAGGAGCUAGGGAGGCAACCACAUGACAAGUAUCAAAGAGAGGAAAACAUCACACAGACUGUUGUCAUAACAACAUAUUGCAAUGAACACAAAGUACCAUCUGGUAUGAGAUACAUCGAGAGGACAAGCCGAUAGAUAAUUAUUUCCCGGGAAUAAGAAUUAGACUGAAUGAGCAGCUUCCAUCCGAGCACUGUGAUAAAAAAAUAUAUAAUGUAUUAAGCAUGGAAAUAAGUUCAGCAUCAAACUGCAUCAUCAAAAAAACAUGUGACGAAUAGAUAUAACCUUUUAUGGAGGCCAAACAGACAGUGGAGAGCAGUCCACAAAUAAAGAAAUGCUGCAAGUCGUGGGAACGUGUGAUUAACUCUCUAUUUCAUAAGAUCUAAAUGUGGGAAUGGAAAGUACCAGUUAAGAGAGGAAGAAGUUUGGAUUGCACAAUUUUGAGCCAAAUGUCCCAAUUCAUAGUUGAUACCACACACAAUAAUCACACACAUUAAUCUGUAUUCAAUCUGGGUCCAGACUGACCUUGAGCUUUUCACCUGAAGUAUGCGCUUUGCAUCCAUUAAGUCGAUGUGGUGUAAAACCAUCUCACAGCAUCAGCGUGAAGUGUCUAUUACCACCGUCUUAUUUCCUGUUUAUAUGGCAACUGCCUCAACAUCCUGUUUUUAAUUACUUCUCUCCAGCAGCAGAUGCUUCUCACAGCAACCUGCUGUGGAUUACUCCCCUGAGAACUAAUGUGCUGUGACAGACCCCACUUUUCCAAUCAAUAACUCGCCCUAAAUCUGCCAUCUCUCUGCCUGCCAAACACACUCCCACUUCUAAUGGCACAUCAUUUUCUUUAAGGGGGUGUAAUUGCAGACUGUGGAAAGCUGUAGCCUUUUGUGUUCCAACUACGUAGAUACUGUAAAGGAAUCUAAAAGUACAGAAACUAGAGCAUGCGGGUGACACAGGAAGUGAAGGGGGCUUUACACUGUGUUCAGUCUCGCCACCAUUUCCAUCACUUUACCCUUUGAGAAAGCAUUCACUUCCCUGUUUUGGCUGAGUGCUCAGAUAAAAUCGCUGUGCGGCUUCAUAAACCUGUUGGCGCAAGCUUGUCAAGAUGGUUGUGUGAUUUCUGUGACUUCAAAACUCGAGUGGACUAAUGAGGAAUAACAUCUACAUAAUGUUCAAAAUUUCAGAAUGAAGCUGGAUCUAAACUUCUCCAACAUGUCUGUGGAGUCUGGUGCUGUAAAGCCAGAGCAGGGACCGGUGGAGUACCGCAUGGCAGGCCUGAUCUUCUACGGCUUCGUCUUCGUCAUAGGAGUCAUAGUCAAUGUCACUGCUUUAUGGGUGUUUUCUCUCACUACCAAGAAGAAGAACUCUGUCACCAUCUACAUGAUAAACGUGGCGGUGGUGGACCUCACCUUCAUCCUGCUGCUUCCCUUCCGAAUGGUCUACCACCACCAGGACUAUUGGCCCUUUGGAGACAUUUUCUGCCGAAUCAGUGCAGCUCUCACCAUCUUCUACCCCUGCAUGGCUCUGUGGCUGUUUGCUCUGAUCAGUGCUGACCGCUACAUGGCCAUCGUUCAGCCAAAGCACAGCAAGGAGCUGAGGAAUGUCCCAAAGGCCGUGGUGGCAAGUAUUGGGGUGUGGCUCAUGACCAUGGGCAGCACCGUACCCCUGCUGUUCUCUGAGGAUGAUCCCGAUCGCGUCUCCAACUUCACCACCUGCAUCAAGAUGCAAGACAUCAUCUACAUGCGCCGUGACAACCUUGUCAACUUUGUGCGGCUCAUCUUCUUCUUCCUGGUUCCCAUAUGUAUAAUGAUUGGCUGCUAUAUUGUCAUUGUGGAUAAUCUGAUCCACGGCCGCACCUCUAAACUCAAACCUAAAGUGAAGCAAAAGUCCAUCCGGAUUAUCAUCACACUGAUUGUCCAAAUGUUGGUGUGUUUUGUGCCUUUCCAUGUGUGUUUAGUGCUCCGUUUGGUGGGGACAGGCGAAGAUGGAGGGUUUAGCACAUGGGCGGUCUUCACCACAUUCCUGAUGAACCUGAGCACAGUGUUGGAUAUCAUUCUGUUCUACAUCGUCUCCAAACAGUUCCAGGACAGGGUGAUCAGCGUGAUUCUGUACAGGAACUAUCUGCGAAGUGUGAGACGGAAGAGCAGGCACACACACACAGGCAGCAUCCGAUCAAUGAGCAACCUGACCAGCGCAAUUAUAUGAAACAACCGUCAAACUUUCAUGUCAAACAGCGCACUGAUAUGUGCUGUGCACGCUUUGGAUCACAAUGUAACACUGAAUGCUUCACUGUGUACAUGGUUCGUUAUCAAAAGGAUCUAAACUUGCAAUUAAUUUCCAAGGUGUAAUUUACACUCACAGUAUGGGAGUGCUGCUGUUGUGGCAAAAACAUCUGUGUUCAGAGCUGAUUGACUCACCCAUGAGACUUGAGAUGUUUUUUGUGCAUCUUUGCUUUGGCAGACAAAGCACGAGUAUGUGUGGCUCAGGUGUAAUACAUGCAGGCGAAAAUAAAGCUCAUAAUCAUUCAAAACAUAGCCCACAGUAUCGCAGCAUUUGCUUUGUUGUUAUGCACAUUGAAACUCUUCUCAACCACGUCAACCAACACCUAUAAAGGGCCUGUCUGCCUCCACGGGGGGUGGGGGGGGAACCAACAGGAAACAAUGGUGGGUUCUGGAAGGUUGCUUUUGUUUGGUCGCUGCACCACAUUUUCAACUUUGCCUCUGUAGCACCUCAGUGCUUCAUCAUGGCUUAAAUAUAAGUAGUGAAUGCUGCAUAAUGUUAUGCACAUGCAAAUAAUUAAGUUUGCUUGACUGGUGCUACUUCACCGUGUCAUAUUUGGGAAGUCUGAGUUCAAGCCCAACCACUUAUAUAUACAAGACAUAAUUUUAUCACUCACCACAAUCGUCCUGAAAGUUGCUGUUAACUUAUUGACCAGGUGAUGGCAGCAUGGCACAGCUAGACCACAUCUCCCAAACAAGUCAAAACCUUGCCUUUUUUUUAACUUUUAAAGUGGAUAGUGCAAGAUUUUUGAUUCUCUGCUUUAUACUUUUUCUUGUUUCUGCAUUUUAUCACAUUUCAACUGGCUUUAUAAGACCAAACAUUUCAUUAUUUUAUGCUUUGAAAUAACCAUUCCACCUCAUCACAGAAAAGUUAAUGACACAGCUUCAGGAGUCAGACUAAAGUGUGUUUAUGGUUCAAUGCAAAUCAUAUUGAUCAGAUGUUAAAUGAUUCAGCCACUUGAAGUGCAUUUACAGUAACAUCCUCAAGAGAUGUCAGCGAGGGUAUUUACUAGAUUUAAAGCAACCUUAACCUUAAGAAAGAAAAACCUCUUCUGCACAGGAAUACUUUAAUGUCGGUUACUGCUGGGACUAUAAGCACCACGAUGCUAGAUCCUGCAAAUGACCCCCAAUAUAUUCCUAAAAUGACAGACAAGUGAUUUGUUAGAAGGUACUGCAUGUGUGACAGUUCUAUUUCUGUGAGGAUACUGUUUAAUUUAAAUUAAGGAAAGAAACUCAGGUUUGCAUGGGAUGGUUUUAAUAGGUGUCCUGCACAAACAUCACCCGAGCUAAAAUUUGAUUUGGUGUUGCCAAUUGUUAAAAUAAUGGAGUUAGUGUGUCCGUCAGCCCUACACAGUCUCAACUGGGUUAGACAGUGAGUCAGUGUGGCUGAGUAACUAUGUAAUGUCUUAUACAAUUAGACAGUCAAUGUGCCCUGUGGUGUAACCACAUGUACCAUAGCAAUUCUUGGAAUGAUUAUCAUAUGACUGAUCAAUUGCAAACAGAACUAAAUAGAUUGCUUUAUGCUGUGCAAUUCCUAAAACGUUUCUGGUUGUAUUAAUGUUUUCUCUUCCCAAGCCCAGUUAAAUUCUCACUGAGAUUAGUAAAUGUGAUACAGUGGUAAAAGGAUAAACAGCACAGGGAGUCCAUAUGGUUCUUGGUUGGUUUGUACAGUGUUCAUGGGUCAAGAAGUGGCCAGACCGUAGGAUAUAGGCAGGCUAGAUUUACACCGUGUUUAAUAAAAGGAGGCAGACUACAAGAUUUCCAUCUCACAUGGAAUUCUGGGAACUGCAGUUGAUCACAUGAUGAUAGGUUUAUUGGCCAGUGGACUACAAGUGGAUUUAUAACCAAGAGGUCAAAGGUCGAAUGAAACAUCAGAGGGUCGUCUAUCUGUCCCACCUGUUAGACAUCAAAGAAAAACCAGCCAUGCUGCUCACAGCAACUGGCAUUUAAAACAAUUAAGUUUCCUGUCAAGUCCCUGUGAUGAAUUAUCCGGAAGCUUUACCCGCUGUAAUUCUAAAUCUUCCCAACAAGUGCCUUUGUUGUAGAGAAAUUAAUGAAAACAAGAUUGUCUUUCAUAGGAGCUGAUCUAACAGCGCGACAGCCAGCUGCUCUUCUUUGGGAAUAAAAACAGUCAGCAUUAAACACAGCUCGCACAAAAUACUUUUUUUUUUUUUUAUCUACCACUCGUGUGGAAAACAAAUCAGGCGGCGAGCGCAGUGGCCAUCUGUUUUGUUAUUUGAUAUGUGUGAAUACAUGUUGUAAUGACUUUGUUUGUGAAUCACUCUGCGCGGCAGAACACACGAGAGCUCUCGAAGUGCUGGAGUGUUCAAAGCUAAUCAUAUAAUUGGACACAAUAGUCGAUGACAAAUGGAGACGCUUGGAGCCAGCCAGCUGGGGAAGUGAAUAUGUAAUCAUUGUAAAAUCAUAUCAUUUUUGCAUAUUUGAAGACAGCUUAAUAGAGUUUGCGUGUCAGCACACUAUAAAAUGAUGAUCAGAGACAGUGUUGCUGUAUUUGUUUUUCUAAAUAGUGCUUUGUUGGACGACUAAUCUUUAUCAUGAUUAAAAGGGUUUCUCAAGA